UGCGAAUGUAGUCCUGUAGUAGAGCCUUCCAGAGAGAUAUAAAGAGUGUAUAUCCUUCGUGUCUACAUGUCUAUCAUCAUCAAUCACUACAGUUGUUCGUCCACUCUUUACAGUCACCGAUUCACUCUUUAAAGUCACUCAUUCACUCAUUCACUCCUUACAAUCACUUAUCCACUUGUUCAGACCUCUAUAAACGAACUUUGCAAAGAUGCAGCUCUCUAACCUAACCUACAUUAUUGUUGCUGCCAUGGCUCUAAGCGGCGUUGAGGCUCGCGGAGUCGGUGGUGCUGGUGGCCGUGGUGGCCGCGGUGGCCGUGGUGGCCGCUUUGCCAAGGGUGCUGGCAGGGCUGGUGGACACGCCAUUGAUGUGAUUGGUAUUGGUUUUGACAUUGCUGGGUUCAUUCCCGGAUCCGGAAACCACUAUCAGCACAACUGCUGCCGCAACAACGGCCCCUCAGGUGGCGGCUGGAUCUUUGAUGCCUGGGCCACUUCGCUUACCAAGGAUGCUUGCGCGAAAUUUUCCACUGCGCAGCUCAUCAAUGAUGUUUGCGUGGAAGCUCAGGGCCAGGCGAUCUCAGGCGACGCCUUCUUCAAUGCCUGCAGGUCCCUCGUUCCGGGUGACAACAACGUUGGUGCCGGAUACCGUGGCACUUGUUAAGCAGUGUGCCAGUGCAUAAGGCGACUGCCGAGGCAGUUACACAGCACUACAAUACAGGUGUCCCUACUUGUAGGACAUGGUUGCUUUCAGGUGGUAACAACAUAAAGGGCAACCUGUCUACCUAACCUACACACCAGUGCUGCUUCUAAAGCC